AUGAAAGCCUCACUCGCCCUCACCCUCGCGGGGAUGGCCGCAACGGCCCUGGCGGGUCCCAAUUGCCCACCCCAAGGUCCUGUCUAUGAGAAGCGCUACAACUUCAAAGACAGCGACGCGAUGCAAGCCGCCAUUGCCAACUUGACUGCGACCUUCACGGCGUGGGACCAAAACAACUCCUCCGCGAUCCGCGCCAACACCACCAGCUACAGCAUCGAAGUCUUCAGCACCAGCGAAAAGAACCCGCUCCUCUUCAGCUGGCACCACACCGCGGCAUCCUUGGCCGAAGCCACGAAAAACACCUCUGGCGUCCGCGAGACCGGACCCGAUGCGGUGUAUCGCCUGGGCAGUCUGACCAAGGUGUUUACGGUGUAUACCUGGCUGGUUCAGGAUGGCGAUGUCAAGUGGAACGAGCCGAUUACCAAGUACGUGCCGGAACUGGCAGUUGCGGCGGACUUGGCCAAGGAUGAUCCGGUUGAGCAUGUAGCGUGGGACGAGGUGACGAUUGGGGCGUUGGCGGGUCAGUUGUCGGGGGCCAUCCGGGAUUAUGGUCUAAUGAGUGAGAUCACGCAAGAAUUCAACCAGACACAAGCAGUGGGCUUAGGCUUUCCACCUCUACCGCCUUCGGAUCCAUUGUUGCCCAAGUGCGGACAGUGGCCGCAGUGUAAUCGGACGGAAUUCUUUGCCGGCCUACUUCGGGCAUACCCCUCGUUCGCCCCCUUUGCCACGCCGGCAUACACCAACACGGGCUACCAGAUCCUUGCGUAUGCUCUAGAAAACAUCAAGGGCAAAAGUUUCCGCGAGAUGAUGGAAGAGAGCGUGCUGCAGCCGCUAGGGUUGAAUCACACAUUUUAUCAGGACCCCCCUGAAGAGGUGGGCAUCAUCCCGGGUACACUGAAGGCGGCCGAGUGGGAUUACCAGUUGGGCGAUGAGAAUCCAGCCGGCAACAUGUACUCGUCAGUAGCCGAUAUCUCCGCCCUCGGCCGGGCCAUUAUGCGAUCAACCCUCCUCUCCCCCGUGCUUACGCGCCGCUGGCUCCGGCCGGCCGCCAUGUCCUCCGAGCUCGUCGCCGGUGUGGGCUACCCAUGGGGUGUCCGACGCGUGGAAGUGGCCUACGAGAACGGCAAGCGGGUUGUCGAUGCGUUCAACAAAGCCGGGAGCAUCGGGUACUACACCUCGUUGCUCGUCCUAAUGCCGGAUUAUGAUGUGGGGUUCUCGGUGUUGAUUGCCGGGCCAGAGACGCCGGGAAACACAAAUUUCAACUUGGCAGAUAUCCUAGGUGUGCAACUGAUUCCCGCUCUCGAAGCGGCAGGCCGGGAACAGGCCGAGACCAAAUUUGGCGGCCAGUAUCUGGAUGUGGACGAUGCCGAAGGGCGCAAUACCUCGCUGACUCUGACCACCCAACCGGACCGACCUGGGUUGGGCAUCGAGAACUGGGUCAGCAAUGGAACCGAUAUGAGCAAUACCGCGGUGCGGAUGCAGGGAGGGUACUCGCCGGUCGACCCGAGUCUGCGAUUGUACCCGGCCGGGCUGGAGACCGUGCGGGAGGAUGGGAGCAAACGAGUGGCGUUCAAAGCCGUGUUCGAGGACCUGAACAUGCCCGCACGGGACCGGAACAAGUACAUGUUUUCGACGGACUGUGGCACGUGGGUAUCGUUCACGGGUGUGGUGUACGGAACGCUGCCGCUGGAUCAGUUCAUCUUUGAAGUGGAUGCUGAGGGCAAGGUAGUGAGCAUUGAGAGCCCGGCUUUGAGAUCGGUGAUGAAGAAGCAGUAA